UUAAGGGCUCUUUCACAAUGGCUUGGACAGAGUACAACUACCUGUUUGCCAUUUCCCUUAUUGGCGCAUUCAUCGAUGCCUACGGUAUCGGUGCAAACGAUGUCGCUAACAGCUUUGCCACUUCUGUCAGCUCGCGCAGCUUGACUUUCCGACAAGCGAUGCUCGCAGCUGCCAUUUGCGAGUUUGCAGGUGCCGUGGCGGUCGGUGCUAGAGUGACAAGCACCAUCAAGAACGGCAUCAUCGACUUGGACGAGUUCAACGGCGAUGCUGCUGUCCUGUUCCUCGGCUUUACCUGCGUCAUCAUCGGCAGCUGCACCUGGCUCACUAUAGCCACACGAAACGCCAUGCCGGUCUCGACGACACACACCGUCGUUGGCGCAAUUAUUGGCGUAGGAAUCGCACUUCACGGUCACGGAGGCUCCGUCAAAUGGGGGUGGAACGGCGUAGGCCAGAUCUUUGCCUCAUGGGGCAUCGCACCCGCCGUAGCUGGCUGCCUUGCGGCCAUUACCUUUCUCAUCACCAAGUACCUCGUUCUCCGCUCCAGCUCACCCGUCAAGAUGGGUCUUAUUGCUUCGCCAGUCUACUUCUUCAUCGUUGCUGGCGUACUCACAACGUCGAUCAUCGUCAAAGGCUCCCCUUCGCUCAAUUUGGAUGAACUUCCGCCCAAUGUCACGGCCGGGGCUGUCGUGGGAACAGCAGCGGUCGUCUCGAUUCUAUCGCUCAUCUUUUGGUUGCCGUGGGUCUACUGCCAAGUUGCGCCCGAAGAUGCUGUUACCGCAGACUCAGCGGUGCCCGACUACUAUGCUGGCCAUCGCGAGGACGAUCACGUACCGGCGUCCAUCAACAAUGCCGACGACGUCGAAGCGAGCAACAGGAGGCAGCAAUCGGAACAUGACGAAGACCGGGAAUCGAGCAAAGACGGCAACGAUGAGAAGCUGGCGAUGGACAAAGACCGGCCUGUAACAGACGAACCAACAGUUGAGAAGUCAAAGCUUCAAAUGCUCGAGGCCAAGCUCUCUCAACCAGACCGCACCACUGGCCCCGAUGGUCGACCGGUCCCACCCAAUUACCGUACUUUCGACGGAAGCUGGAUCGAGCCUUGGAAUCUGUACACGACUCUUCGCUACAAUGCUCUUCCCUGGGCUUGGUACACCGUCUCGGCUGGACUGCGCACCGACAUCCACAAGUUGCAGAUGAAUGGAUCGGACAAGGAGGUCGCACGUCUCAAGGCCAUCCAUAAACAUUCAGCCCACUACGACAAUAAGGCAGAGCAUCUCUUUAGCUUCCUCCAGGUCCUCACCGCCUGCACGGCCUCAUUUGCACACGGCGCCAAUGACGUCAGCAAUGCCGUCGGUCCGCUUUCGGUUGUCUACUCUGUGUGGUCGACGCAAUUGUUUCCAUCGAGCACAGAGCCGACGCCAAUCUGGAUUCUCGUCUUCGGAGGUGCCGCCAUCGUCAUUGGUCUAGGCACUUACGGCUGGAAGCUAAUGAGCGUGCUUGGAAAUCGUCUGACGCUUCAUUCGCCCUCUCGUGGCUUUUCGAUGGAGUUUGGUGCUUCCAUCACUGUCGUCCUUGCGAGCUACUUGGGCUUGCCAGUGAGCACGACCCAGUCCAUCACGGGUGCCACCAUCGCCGUGUCCCUCUGCGAUGGUGGCAGAGCGACCAACUGGAAAGGGGUUCUUUGGAUCUUCUUUUCCUGGGUUCUCACAUUGCCCAUUGCUGGUCUAAUCUCUGGGCUGACCUUCGCCGUCGUCCUCAACGCUCCUCGCUGGUCUGUCUAG